UUCUCCAUCCUCGAAAGAAUGGGGUUGUUCUUUAAAUCGCUCAGUUUAAAAAGGAGGCAAGUGGUGCAGUGCUUUCAGUCUUGAGAUCGAACUGGAACCACCUUUUUCUUCUGUAUGAAGUCCUUCAGUAGGUAAAGAAGCUAUGGUUCUGCUCAGUCAGGCGCAUAAGAAAGUGUCCAGAAGAGUUGAAUUCGACAACCCAAAGAGCUUUCUGCUUCCUGGAACCAGCCUUGCCUCUGUUGAAUCCUUAUCCAUGCCUCUUGUCCACGAAGUUGUUAUUUCAGCAGAUAUUGGAUGUGCAGAUUGUCAAAAGAAAAUUGCAGACAUGAUCUCGAGAAUGAAUGCAGAUACGGAUUCUGUUUUGGUAAAUGUGUUGGAGAAUAAGGUCACACUCACUUGCACAUACCCCAAGUCGGCUUCAUCCGAAGUUCCUGUUAUUCACAGGAAGCCUGUCAGCACAAUGUCCAUCAUCAAGAAGUUCAUCAGAUCUUCCCGGCGAUGAUUCCAAAAUGCAACGGAAUUCUUCGUGUUAUGAAUAUUCUUGUUGAUAUACUUUAUUGUUGUAAGAUGAUUUUGUUCCUAGUUUUUCUGUUUGUCAUAUCUAACUUGUUCAUAGAAACGCAGAGCAUUGUUGGAUGUA